AUGUCGCCAACCGCCCAGGUCGUCAAUGCCAACGCCAACCCCCAUUUCGGGGACAAGGUCGGCGACCUCAACCCAGGCUCCGAGACGGUGCCUAAAGCCAGCCGCGUCGACCCGGCCCGCUUCCUGAGCCGGGCCUCGCACGAACGCCCGGCGUCGGCGAUCCGUGCUCUCUUCCCUGCCGAGGCCAUCCCGGGCAUGCUUUCGCUGCUGGCUGGCAAGCCUAACCCCGAGACCUUCCCCUUCGAGAGCCUUAGCGUCAACAUCAAGCCCGAGGCAGAGUCCGGCCCUACCCAGCUCACCAUUGACGGCGACGACCUGGUCACUGCACUUCAGUACGGUGCCACCGCCGGUAUCCCCAAGCUGGUGCAGUGGAUUACGCAGCUCCAGGUGCACAUGCACCAACGAGAGGUCGUCAUUCCUGGCUCCAAGCUCGACGGCGUCGCAGGCAGAUCGCCGUGGCGAGUGACCACGGGCAAUGGCUCGCAAGACUUGCUCAACAAGACCUUCGACGCGCUGCUCAACCCAGGCGACGUCAUCCUCGUCGAGUCGCCCGUGUAUACCGGCAUCCUUCCCUCGCUCGUCAUGCUCAAGGCCAAGAUCGUCCCUGUGGUUAGCGACGACCAGGGCAUGAUGUCGAGCAGGCUAGCCGAGAUCCUCGACAACUGGGACUCGAACCCCGAGACUGCCGGUCUGCCUCGUCCCAAGUGUCUCUACACCACCCCCACGGGUGCCAAUCCCGCCGGCACCACCGCCUCGGACGAUCGCAAGCGCCAGAUCCUCGCGCUGGCCCGCCAGCACGACUUCCUCAUUCUGGAGGACGACCCGUACUACUACCUCCACUUUGGUGGACUGGACGAGGAUGCAGUCACGAGGAAGCGAGGCAAGAGCUAUUGGGGUCUUGAGGAGGAGCACCGUGAGCGAUGGGGCACCGGCCGUGUCGUGCGCUUCGAGAGCUUCUCCAAGAUUCUGGCCGCCGGCCUUCGACUUGGCUUCGCCACGGGACCUACGGAGAUCCUGGAUGCUGUGGAUGCCAACACGGCCAUGUCGAACCUGCAGCCAUCGGGUGUGCCCGGCGUGAUUGCCUACAAGCUGCUCAACCACUGGGGCAUUCCUGGCUUCUUGCGCCACGUGGACAGCGUUGCGCGCUAUUACGCCAAGCGCCGCGACAACUUUGAGGCAAAGGCGCGCCAGGUGCUGGGCGAGUCGGGUGUGGCGCAGUGGGUCACGCCUGUGGCGGGCAUGUUCUUGUGGCUCAAGCUCAACCUGCCGUCUUCUGGACCCGAGGAGCCCGAAGGCGACAGCUUUGCUCUGAUCUCGGACAAGGCCAAGGCGGCGGGUGUUCUGGCCGUACCCGGUGUUGCCUUCAUCCCGGAUGGCAGCAAGACAUGCUACGUCCGCACGAGCUUCAGCAUCAUCGAAGAGAAGGACGUCGAGGAGGCCUUCUGCAGGCUGCGCGACGUGGUGCUCGCUGCGUGGAAGGAGGCGGGCAAGCCCAUGCGUCCCCUCGCCUGA